GCUCUGACCUUGGGUUCAGGUGCUUACCUCAGAGGACAUCCAGGGAGGCAGAACACAGAACACACUGCUCCACAGAUCCGGGUUCUCUCUCGGUGUCUCCGUGGACCGACGCCCGGGAGACCACGAGAUACGGUGGAUUAUAACGUGGAGCUCAGGCUUUGGGACGAGGAGGAGGAGGAGGACGGCCGAGGAAUAGCUCUCACCCCCACCCUCUUGUCCUUGUCUGGCGGAGACCAGAGGUGGAGGAAAACACAUCAGCCCAGUCCUUGCUGUGGACUUAGUCGACUGGAUUAGGAGUAGGAGGGGACCCCUGAGGAACGCCCCCAGCCCUGGGUCUAACCCCGACCACCCCGGGUACAAAAGGUCCUCACCAGGAUGGCGGGGUCGGGUCCGGCUGGCUGAGCUGGGACUCGGGAGAGCAGUCCACUGGGAUGGGGGCGCUCCAGCGCCACUGAGGAUGAUGCACAUCUCCCCGGUGCUGAGCUUAGCAGCCACCAUGAGCAACCUGACCGUCUUGGACGCUGGGGAAGACGACACCAGCGCAGACAUGGACGUCUACCCACUCAGCUUCCAAGUCGCCCUGACCAGCCUCCUGAUCCUGGAGUUGGUGCUGGGCCUGAGCUCCAACCUCACCGUGCUGGUGCUGUACUGCAUGAAGCAGAACCUGGUCAGCUCCGUCUCCAACAUCGUCACCAUGAACCUGCACGUGCUCGACGUGCUGGUGUGCGUGGGCUGCAUCCCGCUGACGGCCGUGGUGAUCCUGCUGCCCCUGGAGUCGGACACCGCCCUGCUCAGCUGCUUCCACGAGGCCUGCGUCUCCUUCGCCAGCGUGGCCACGGCCGCCAACGUGCUGGCCAUCACGGUGGACCGCUACGACAUCUCCGUGCGGCCCGCCAACCGCAUGCUGACCAUGGGCCGCGUGGUGGCCCUGCUGGCCUUCAUCUGGGCCCUGUCCGGCCUCAGCUUCCUGGUGCCCUUCGUGGAGGUGGGCUUCUUCAGCCAGGCCGGGUCGGACCCGUUGAACCGGACCGUGCCGACGGCGGCGGCGGCGGCGGGGGGGGCGGCCCACGCCAACGAGUACUCGACCGAGCCCGGCCUGUACUACCACCUGCUGGCCCAGAUCCCCAUCUUCUUCUUCACGGCGCUCGUCAUGCUGGUCACCUACUACAAGAUCCUGCAGGCGCUCAACAUCCGCAUCGGCACGCGCUUCCAGCACAACCCGCCCAAGAAGAAGCCGCCGCCGAGGAAGAAGGCCAUCUCCAUGACGACCCCGCCGGCGGUGGCGGCGGCGGCGGCGGGUGCGGGUGCGGGGGCGGCGGCCGAGUCCACGGACGGCGCGUCGCAGAGCAGCACGGGGGUCCGAGGGGGCUCCGGCGCCACCAUGGGCAUGAGGGCCUCGGUGUCGGUCAUCAUCGCCCUGCGGAGGGCCGUGAAGCGGCACCGCGAGCGGCGGGAGCGCCAGCGGCGGGUCUUCAAGAUGUCCCUGCUGAUCAUCUCCACCUUCCUGCUGUGUUGGACGCCCAUCACGGUGCUCAACACCGUCAUCCUCAGCGCGGGCCCCAGUGGCUUCACGGCGCGCCUGCGGCUGGCCUUCCUGGUCAUGGCCUACGGCACCACCAUCUUCCACCCGCUGCUCUACGCCUUCACGCGCCAGAAGUUCCAGAAGGUGCUCAAGAGCAAGAUGAAGAAGAGGGUGGUGUCCGUGGUGGAGGCCGACCCCACCCCCAACGUGGUCAUCCACAACUCCUGGAUCGACCCCAAGAGGAACAAGAAGGUCACCUUCGAGGACGCAGAGGCCCGACAGAAGUGUCUCUCCUCGGAGAACGUUGAGUAACUCUGGGAAUAUGUUUCCGGGGGAACGAGGAACGUUACGGAACACGGUGACUGAUCCGUAGAGACUCCCGGGCUUCCGAGGAGGAGGGGCAAAAUUCCUUUAAAAAAAACGUGGUUGCAAAAAAAAAAAGGCUUCCAGGUGUAAACAAAACGUUAUCUUGAGUUCUCGUUUGUCGUAGGGUAAGCUUGCGAGAUGCUCCGGGGAAGCGUUCGAUGAGGGAGAUCUCGCCCAGAAGAUCCACUCUGAACCAGGGCUGGCAUCAGUUGCUUGUGUAGAUGUUUGAGACAUACUUUUGCAGCAAUAAACUGAGCUGAAUUCUGUAUUAAAUAGUACCGCGAUUAAAAGAACAAUAGGCUAUAUCCGGGCUUCACAGCUCAUUUAGGGAGAUAAUGAGUAUUUAUCAGUGGUGUUGUGGGUUGGCCUCAGCACCACCACAGUAAGGAACCUUUACUCUAAACUGCAGUGAUGUCUGUUCUUUGGUUUUUUCCUAAAUGAGUCCAAUGUGUGUAACAGAUGUACAGUUCUUGAACUCAUUAAUAGUAUUUAAUAGUAUGUGUCCACUUUUUGUAUUGAAUGAGGAUUAAAAAGGUGCACUCAGUGGCAGCGUCCCUGCAGACAUGUUUGGCCAGUGAUAGAGACAUGUGAAGUCUAUUUCCAAACAGCUCUCAGUAGGGACUCCCUCUCCAUCUGUUAGGUGAUCACAUCGACACAUAACAUUUUGCUUUUCCUAGGCGUCGUUUCAGUCGCCAUGAUUCUUUCUUUCAUGAGGGGAAGGCUAUGUACCUAUUUGUGUUCCAUAGAGGCCUGACAUGCCAGAGACACGCCAGAAACCUCGGGCUUUGUUCUUUGCUAUCAGAGGUAACCGUUAGUUAAGGGUAUAUUAGAUGAGCUCAGAUACACGAGCACGGAGGCUCAGAUCUAACUAUAUGCUGGAGGGUUGAGAGUGGCUCUCUCGCAGGCUUUCACCCAGACCAAGAAGGUCCUGCCCGUGAGUUGCAUAAUGAUGAGAGAGUGCAGAACAUUUCAGAAAGGUCAAAGGGUCAAAGGCACGACCCCGUCCGCUAUAAUUAACGUCACUCGGACAUGUGAACCUAAACUAGGGUCAUGGUCAAAAUCAAAAAACGGAAUAUCUGAAAGGCGCUGAAAUGAGUCAGCAACACUGAGGCAGAAAUUUCUUUCAACGGGGACGUGAACUUUGUGAUAACAUGCCGAUUAACUCGUAUGAAUAUUGUGAAAAUGUUCCAUAGAAAUGUACGGUUUAUUUGAACACAUUAUCCACGUUGUCAUGGGAGUAAAGAAACACAACAAAACCCUGCAUCCUGAUUCCUUCUG